GUUUAAUAGUAGUAGAAUUAUUAAAUUCUCAAGUGGCUAUCAAAUCAUUUAACUUUGCUAUCAAUCAUUUGUGUCAUUGAGUUCAACAUUAUGAAAAGCCAGACACUUUAAGGGGGUUGUUUGUAAUUAAAUCAAAAAAGAAGAGAAAUUUUUUUCCUUUACCACUUACUGCGGUUCAAACUUGAAUGACAAAUCCUAUAAAUACAGGAGUGCCACUUAUUUUCCUUUACCACUUAUUCAGUUCAUCAAAACCACUAAAACAUUGAACAGGAUGGCAAAAGAAUUAGAGAAGAAUUCUGGCCGCCAAGUUGAAAGGAUGAAGGGUGGAGUAGUCACUAUGCCUUUCAUUUUUGCCAAUGAAAUAUGUGAAAAGUUGGCAGUGGUGGGAUUUGGCACAAACAUGAUCAGCUACUUGACAAAGCAGCUGAACAUGCCACUGACUCAAGCAGCUAAUACUCUCACAAACUUCUCUGGAACUGCCAGCCUUACUCCAUUACUUGGAGCUUUCUUAGCUGAUUCAUUUGCUGGAAGGUUUUGGACCAUCACUGUUGCUUCAAUCAUUUAUCAAAUAGGAAUGGUUAGUUUGACAUUAUCAGCUAUACUACCAAAACUGAGGCCUCCACCAUGUGAACCAAAUCAAGCUGUGUGCCAACAAGCCAAUUCAGGCCAACUUGCCAUCCUUUACAUUUCUCUUUUACUAACUGCAAUAGGGGCUGGAGGGAUAAGGCCCUGUGUGGUGUCAUUUGGUGCAGAUCAGUUUGAUGAGACUGACCCAAAGCAGAAAACCAAGACAUGGAAGUUCUUCAACUGGUACUAUUUCUGCAUGGGAGCUUCAAUGCUUGUAGCUGUCACAGUGAUAGUUUGGAUCCAAGAUUAUGUGGGUUGGGGUUGGGGACUUGGGAUCCCCACCAUUGCUAUGGCAAUCUCAAUUGUGGCCUUCAUAUUUGGUUACCCUUUGUAUAGAAAAUUGGACCCAGCUGGAAGCCCUUUCACCAGAUUGGUUCAGGUAUGUGUGGCUGCCUUUAGGAAAAGAAACCUGACUAUGGUUUCUGAUGCUGGAUUGCUUUAUCAAAAUGCUGAGCUUGAUGCUGGUAUCUCUCUUGGUGGAACCCUUACCCAUACUCACCAUAUGCAAUUUUUGGACAAGGCGGCAAUUGUGACAGAAGAAGACAAUCCAAAAGCCCCAAACCCAUGGAGGCUAAACACAGUCCAUCGGGUGGAAGAGCUAAAAUCCGUAAUCCGGAUGGGCCCAAUAUGGGCCGCGGGAAUACUCCUCAUCACAGCGGCAGCCCAACAAAACACGUUUUCCCUCCAACAAGCAAAAACUAUGAACCGACACCUAACCAAAUCCUUCCAAAUUCCCGCCGGAUCAAUGAACGUCUUCAACUUAGGCUCAAUGCUCUUCACCAUUAUCUUCUACGACCGAUUUUUCGUCCCGAUAAUUCGCCGGUUCACGGGGCUAGAACGCGGCAUCACGUUCCUUCGCCGGAUGGGAAUCGGGUUUUUCAUCUCGAUUCUAGCCACAUUGGUAGCCGGAUUCGCGGAAAUGAAGCGAAAACAGGCGGCUUUCGAGCACGGGUUAGAGGACAAACCACAGGAAACCAUCCCGAUUUCGGUAUUCUGGCUAGUGCCACAAUACAGCCUUCAUGGAAUUGCUGAGGCAUUUAUGUCAAUUGGGCACUUGGAAUUUUUCUAUGAUCAAAGUCCGGAAAGCAUGAGGAGCACCGCCACGGCGUUGUUUUGGUUGUCGAUCUCGGCCGGAAGUUAUACGAGUACGCUUUUGGUGUCGAUUAUUCACAAGUUUAGUGCCCGGCCGGAUGGAUCGAACUGGCUGCCGGACAAUAACCUGAACCGGGGAAAUUGGAGUACUUUUAUUGGUUGAUCACGUUGUUACAAGUUGCUAACCUGAUAUAUUACUUGUUGUGUGCUAAGUUUUACACUUUCAAGCCCAUUCAGAUCCAUUCUCAUCAAGAAAUUGAUGAAAAGGAAGGCGGGAUUGAACUCUCCAACCAUGUUUAGAUAAAAAAAAAAAAAAAAAAAAAAAAAAACAGGGUUCUUCCAUCUUAAUAUUGUACAUCAACAAUGUAUUCUAAUUAUAUUUGGAUAAAUCAUAAAAGCCUCUUUUUUUGCAAAAUAAAAUAGUUUUGAUUUCAACGUUGAGAGUAAAUAGCUCAUGGUUGUUAGUUGUUACUCUCACUGUUCCAUCAAAACGUAGUCUAUUUUGUUAAUCUAGAAAAUAAUCCAUGUAAGAGGGAUUGAGGUAGUGUAAAUAUUUGAUGUUCACAGUUAUUGUUAGUAUGUACUAUUAGGCAAUUAAAUUAUUGAUGGAAAAUUUUGCUAUGUUUUCAAUUCAGUCCAAAAAUCAAGAAAAUCAGAAGGUACCACGAAAUUUAAAUGCCCAUACGAACAAGUGUUUGCAUUUUGCAACAAAUAGAGACGUCUAACAAACAAUUAUGGUAUUGGAGGUCAAAGUUUUAUAUCUUCUCAUUAAUAUUAAUAUCAAGACGUGACGCAAGUGAUUUCUCUCUUGUAGUCAUUAACAUCAUUUUGGAAUGACAGAAGACACUCUAAUUUUGGAUUUCUGCAUUAUUAUUCAUUCCAAU